AACUUUUAAUCUAUUCGCAUAUCAGCGAUGAUAAUAAUACAUAGCUCGGCGACGAUAGAUUGUACUUUGAGUAUUUGUUUUCGAGUCUAAAGUUCAGUUCUGGUCCAUUGAAUAAUAUUGUUCAGUUAUAACGAGGGAUUUCGCGAAGAAAGUUGCUCACUCGCGUUCAGCUUGACACGUCAUUCAUCUCUACUAGCAGGUUCACCGUAAAUAAACAUGAAGAAUACGGGAAAAUUAGCCGGUCGUACUAUCUUCAUAACUGGUGCAUCGCGCGGCAUCGGCAAGGCUAUCGCUCUAAAAGCAGCCCAGGAUGGUGCCAAUAUCGUUGUGGCAGCGAAGACUGCUGAACCUCAUCCCAAAUUACCUGGAACGAUCUACACUGCCGCCGCUGAAAUUGAAGCUGCCGGAGGAAAAGCCCUGCCAUGUGUGGUCGAUGUUCGUGACGAGAACGCAGUACGGACCGCCGUGAAGAAUGCGGUGGAGAAAUUCGGUGGCAUCGACAUUCUGGUCAAUAAUGCCAGCGCGAUUUCGCUGACUCCUACCGAGCAGACCGACAUGAAGCGAUAUGAUUUGAUGCACAAUAUCAACACUCGUGGAACAUUUUUGGUUUCCAAGGAAUGCAUUCCAUACCUGAAGAAAAGCAACCAUGCUCACAUACUGAACAUUUCUCCCCCGCUGAAUCUGAACCCGCAUUGGUUCAGCAAUCACGUGGCGUAUACAAUGGCAAAAUACGGCAUGUCGAUGUGCGUUCUGGGCAUGGCCCAGGAGUUCAAAAAGGAUAACAUUGCGGUGAAUGCCUUGUGGCCUCGCACUGCUAUCUACACUGCGGCGAUGGAAAUGCUCACCGGCAAGGAGAGUGACCAAUUCUCCCGUAAGCCGGAAAUCAUGAGCGAUGCUGCGUACGCCGUGCUUUGCAAGGAACCUAAAAACUGCACGGGAAAUUUCCUAAUCGAUGACGAAGUCCUGCAAGCCGCUGGUAUCACUGAUAUGAAGCAGUACGCUUGUGUUCCGGAGAAUGUCGACAAGUUGAUGCCUGAUUUCUUCCUGGAUGUGGCACCGGAGAAAUUGGUGGAGUUCGCAGCUGAGGGAAGUCAUGCGGCUUCUUUGAAGAAGGCUGCCGCUCCAGCUGGUAAAAUUGAAGGUCUAUUCCAGAAAAUCGAGUCCCUCUUGAGCGAUGAAAUUGUUAAGAAGACUGGAGCCGUGUUUGAGUUUAACGUUAAGGGUGAAGAGGCAGGUUUGUGGUUUGCCGAUUUGAAGAAUGGAACCGGAAAGGUAGGAAAGGGAAAAUCACCGGUGACUGCUGAUGCCACUCUUACCAUGGAUUCGAAACACUUCUUCGAUAUGUUCAGCGGAAAACUGAAGCCAGCUAGUGCAUUCAUGACGGGAAAGCUGAAGAUUUCCGGUGAUUUGCAGAAGGCGAUGAAGCUUGAAAAGUUGAUGGGCGGACUAAAAUCAAAGUUGUAAAGUAUUUAUGUUUUUGAUAGGCUUAUAGGUUUCUGCAAUACAUUUUAUAAAUGAAUAAAAUAUUUGAUUUAUUUUGUAAUAAA